AUGCUCGCCAGCCGUGUCGCAGCCCGGAGCGCCCGUGUGGCCGCUCCUCGCUUCUCCGUUGCCGCCACUCGAGGCUACGCCGAACCUGCCAAAGCCAGCGGCGACGUCAAGCCUCCUGUCCAGGUCUUCGGGCUUGAUGGCACCUACGCUACUGCUCUUUACACCGCAGCCGCCAAAACGCAAUCCCUCGACACCGUCUCGCGCGCCCUCGACAACAUGGCCGCGACCUUCAAGCGCGACACCCGCCUGCAGAACAUCCUCACGGCGCCCACGCUCAGCGUCGAGGACAAGAAGUCCAUCGUCGGCGAGCUGCAGAAGAGCACCAACGUCACGGACAAGACGAACACGCUGCAGAACUUCCUCAACACGCUGGCGGAGAACAACCGGCUCAGCGUGCUCGAGGGCGUGUGCGAGAAGUUCGGCACGCUGAUGAGUGCGUCGCGGGGCGAGGUGGAGAUGACGAUUACGAGCGCGGCGCCGUUGGACCAGAAGGUCGUGCGGCAGUUGGAGCAGACGGUUAGUAAGAGUCAGUAUGUCGGGCAGGGGAAGAAGUUGAAGGUGGUGCCAAAGGUCAACCCAGACAUCCGCGGCGGUCUCAUCGUCGAGAUCGGCGACCGUACCAUCGACCUCAGCGUUUCCGCCAAGAUGGCGCGCAUGAACAAGCUGCUCCAGGACUCUUUGUAG